GUUAGAUUCCUUUAUGGUUACAAGUAUUGCUUUACUACGUCUAUGUUCUAUAGUGGGGAUAAGUUGCUGAUUCAUUAUGCAUGAAUUUUGGAAAAUUCAAAGUGGUAACUGGUCCAAGUUUUCAAAGCACUGGAGUAAAAUGAAGCCAAAAGUGAUAGUUUUUUAACAAAAAGAGGAGGAUUAUAUUCAUCCAAAGUUGAAAUCAGGAAGCAGUGUGAUGGUUCUGGUCUAAAAUGGGAAAACUUGAGCUUUAUUCCAUUACUUUCAACAAUGGAAGUGGAGUAUACUAUGCUGGUAACUGUGUGCAAGGCUAUGUCACUUUAACCUUGAAAGAGCCUAUGAAAAUGAGAGGUAUAAGACUCAAGUUUGAAGGUAAAGCUUUUGUACAUUGGUCAGAAAGACGUUCCACUGGUACUGGUAAAAAAAGACGCACAACUACUAGACAUUAUACUGCACAGGAGAAGUAUUUUGAACAAGAAUUUCUUCUCUUUGGAAUAUGGCCCAAUCAAGGCAGUGAGACCAAAGAGCUUUCUGCUGGCACCUACACAUACCCUUUCCAGUUUCAGUUGCCGCAAGGACUCCCCUCAUCCUAUGAAGCUCGCUAUGGUCAUGUCAGAUACACAAUUAGCUCAAACAUUGAUAAACCAUGGAAGUUUGACCACAAGACCAGGCGUCCAUUCACUGUAAUCAGUGUACUGGAUCUCAAUCAGAUACCGGAUGCUUCUAAAAGCCUCCAAGACACCAAACAAAAACACUUAUGCUGCCUGUGUUGUAAGUCUGGGCCUAUUCAAGCUACUUUCCGACUAGAUAGAGCUGGCUAUGUCCCAGGCGAAGCUAUUCUAAUCAAUGCAGAAAUCAGCAAUGCUUCUAGUAGGAAAAUGGACAAGUCAUAUGUAAAUCUAAGAAUGAUAACUAUUUUUCGAGCGACAGCGAAGGCCAAAAUGAUCUAUAAAGAUGUAGCUGUGGUCACACGCCCAAGUAUAAAUCCUCAUUCUGAAGAUGUCUGGAGUGAGGAGAAGCUGAUCAUACCACCUCUGCCUCCAUCGUUUCUAAAUGGAUGUAAAAUUAUUGAAAUACAUUACUAUCUUCAGCUGAAUGUUGACCCAGCAGGACCAGCACUAGAUCUGGAGAUACCCUUUGAGGUUAUCAUUGGAACAAUACCACUGGCUUCUGUGGUUCAACAAUUCCCUCCCAUGCCACCACCCCCUAGCAUAAUGAGCCGAAUGUAUGCCUGGGAGACCGUACCCUCUGCACCACCCCAGGAAGAACUAUAUCCCCUACCACCUCCAACUGGCUUGCCAAAUCUUCCUCCACCCAGCUAUGGUGAGGCCAUUACAGGCAAGUUUGACAUUAGAGAAGAAGGGGACAAUGAGCAUGUGAAGGGAAACUUGCAGUAUGCACCUGUGUACACCUACUACAAUUGGGGAUAUACCCCAGCUGCCCUUCCUCCACAGGCCAAGGUAGAAGAAGAUUAAAAGGAUCAGAAGCUUGAACACCUUUUAUCAACUGUAGAAACAGAGGACACUAGUCUACCACUAACAAAACUUACAUUUUCUUGUCUACCACUAACAAAAUUGGUGGACUGGGACAGGGAACACUAAUGAAACUUACAUAUAUGUAGUUGAUAUCUAUUUGAAAUUCUUAGUUAAAUAAACUUCACACAUGUUAUUUGUACAUUCCUUAGAAAUCUGCAUAAUUCUUUAUCUAUGUCUCUAUCUAGUAUUUCAUGUCAUUUUAAUCUAGUGCCAUAACUAAUUAUGCAUACACUAUUGAUUAUACGCUGCAUUAUUUAUAUAAAAUGUUUUAAUAGUUUUUUAUAUUUGAUUAUUGUACCAGUAUAAGUUAUUAAAUAUAUUUUUGCCAGUCAUUCAUGUUAUUUUAAAGAAUAAAAAAUAUUUUUUGUAAAUUUUCAUAUUGACUCAUGAUUGAAUGCAAAAGCUUGAAAAAGAUGAUUUCUAUAAAAUAUAUAUAAAAAAAAAAAUUAAAUUAAAAUAAAAAUGAAGUAUAUUCAAGAACAGGGUUCCCACAGGCUCAUGAGGUUCUAGAUUUUGGACAUUCAGAAUUUUUUUUUUUGGCUUUGACAUUCAUUGAAACCAAAUAUAAAAACAUCGUUCUUGUUAAUAAUAAUUUAAGACAUAUUAGUUAAUCUAGUCAGCUCAUUAUAAUUCAUAUUACAAUAUUAAAACAAGUUAAAAAUGAAAAUCUUUCUUGUGAUCUUAAUUAAGAAUAUUAGAAAUGAAUCCUUUAAUAUAGUUUAUGUUUAAUUAUAUAUUUGUCAAACUAUUAUAUUAACAUCAAUAAUUAUUAAAUUAUUAUUUCAUCCUAUAAAUUACAGAUGUUCCUUCUUAGCAGAUUUUAUUAUUAUGUCCUAAGCAUAUUUAUGUGUCCAUCUAGUAAUGCAUUAUUGUUACGGUCGUAGCGCAGCAUGGUGUGCAUAAAUAAAGGUGCGAAUUGGUGUAAUGAAUGGAAGGAAUGUAAAAAGGAGUAAGCUGGCAGAAAGUGACAGGAAGAGAGAUGAAAUGCUGAUGUUUACAUAAAUUGUUAUAAUAUUAAAGUAUUACUAGAAUAAAACCUGAGAGUGUAUUAUUAUUUUGAAUAGUCUUGUGUUACAAUUAUUAACACUUGAUUUUUUUUUUUUUUUUUUGUUAGGUAACCUUGUAUUCUGUCAGAGUACUGAAACUGUAAAAUUUUUGUAUAAAUGCUUUGAGAAAUUCUUUUCACAUUUUUCUGACAUGAAAAUUACAUGAGGACAAAGUUAACAAGUUAUAAAUUUUUUUAAGCAACAAGUUAUAAAUUUUUUUAAGCAUAUAUGUUUUAAAUUCUGUCCAGAACAAGCAACACAUGUAUGUGUAUCUUUCUCAUUAAGAUUUUUUUUCCCCUGGGAAAUAAUGUAAGCAACUUGAUUUUUUUUAAACCAUAGAUAAUAUUUCCAAUGAUAUAUGCAUGUAUGUAUGUGUUUCAAGCUGAGAUAUGUAAAAUCUUAAUCACAUGACUACACCUCAGUUGAGGCAGGGGCGGACUGGGUGUCAAAAUUGGCCAUACAUUUCUAUAAAAUCAUAAAUUGCAUAUCAUAUCAUGGGCCUCCAAUUAUAGGCAUACCUAUCCUCAAAAUCAUUAAGCUAAAUUUUAACAUCGAUAACUGUACACAUGCAUACAGUGAACUCUAUUAUUUUAUGUUGCUUUUUAAUCACUUAGUGUGUAGCCCCUGAAAGGAUGAAGCCUACGCUACUAAUAGCACUACCUACGGAUGUAGGCUAUUACAUUAUUUCAGAAAAUUUGUUAGAAAAUUACUAUUACACUGCAGAGAGAUUGCUUUUAAACACGAUGCUUUAACAAUUUAAUAUAGUGGCAUCCAUGUGGCCCUACCUGGCCAUUUAGGUCCCAUAUAUGCCCAUAUAGCCAGUCCAGCCGUGAGUUGAGGAAAUAUUGCUUGCUUAUUGGUUACUUUAGUAUUGACAAGAGAAUAAUAUUGUUAAUAAGCUCAAUGUAUAGCUGUAUGCUUAUCUCUUUAUUCUAUUCAUGUGACUAUUGUCCUUUGUCAUUGAUAUUAUUACAACAUUUUUAAUUAAUAUUAUGUAAUUAGUCUUACCCAUAUAAAAAUUUGUUAGCUUGAUCUCUCUAUUCCAAAAAAUAUGCAAUAAACAACAUAAUAAUACUAAGGCAUUGUCUUUAAGUCCAAAGAUUAUGACAGAUGCAGAAGUUAACAUAGAAUAUGUAGCUGUGAUCUUCAUAGUAUCAGCUGAUGUUUUUUAAACUGCUCAGCACCAACUUAACCUAUGCUCACAUUCUUCAUUGUAAUGUUUCAAUGUUGAUGUCAUCUUUAAAGAAUAUCUGAUUGUUAUUUUGUGCCAUUUUAUUUGUUAUGCUUAGCUAAGUAGAUGAUAUUUGGACUGAUACAGUUUUAUAGACUAGCUCUAAAGACAUGAAUAACAUAAAGAAAUAUCAAUUGGGUCUACACAGUAAAUACCACUAGUAGUACAAUACUGAGACAAUGAUUUCAAAAGCUAACACAUCUCAUCUUACUGCUGAAAAAGCUUGUAAUUGGCAAUAAAAUUAGUAGAUACUUACACUUAUGCUAAUUGAGUUACAAAUUAUAGGCCUACUAGUGUACUAUGGAUGUGAUCUAGUUGCUGCACACCAUGACAUUUUGCAAUAUUUAUUGUUAUAUAUAAUAGUUAUAUAUAUAUAAUAUAUAUGUGUUCUGACUUAGUUGUACACUAGACCAUGCAAUAGUUGUUGUUCUAUUUUACAUCAUGUUCUAUUUUGUUUCUGUUAUACAUUGUACCAAUUCUAUUAAAACCAAUUCACAAUUGUAGACACAAUGAAAAAAAACAACAAACAACUUAUGCUUAGGUCUUAUUGUUUGAUUAAUUUUACAAAAAGUUUCAGCUAUUUAUCAAACAUUCAACACAUUACCUCAUAUAAAGUACAGGGUUCAUGAUUGUCUUUCCUAAAGAUGCUUUAUUCUUUAUACACAGACAUAUAUAUUAUGGCAAUAUAUGUUUGAUUGGUUUAUAUUUUGCUCCAUUCAUUUGUAUUUACAUUUUUUUAAAUAAG